CGACGCGUAUAUAAGAACGGGUCGGGCCGACGUAUGUCAGACAAAAACUCGACUGCGAAGCUUGCGCGCGAAAGCGACAUGGAAAAAAAUUUGCUCCUGGUGUGGAUCGUCUGUCUGGUGUUCGUAGUAACUCAUGCGAAACCGUUCCCUCAGCAAGAAAAUUAUGACGAUGAGGUACUUUCUCCGAGAGACACCAUAUAUUAUCCGUUUUGGUUGGUCAGACCUAUUUAUGAUCAGGACGAUAUUGGCGAUAAUGUUAAUAGACCUACUAUAUCGUACGCUCAUGUCGGAGCCGGAUGGGGUCGUUAAAAAGCUAUCAAUCUCAUCUUCAAUUCAUCUUGCAACCACCAGCCCAACGAGUGCGUCGUAAAUUUAUAUUAAUUAAAUUAUUAUACGCCCCACGUUAAAUUAAUAUCUCGGUUCGUCAAUUAUCAAAUUCGAGAUCGGCGAGGCUGAUGCCGUGAAUUAAUAACAAAUUACCAGUAGAAACAGCCUUUCGGUAAGCAAAUUUUCUGUUUGCCUGUCGGCCAAUUAAUACUCGAUCGCGCCGAUCGAUACUCCCCCGUGCAUCAUGCGCUUCCGAAUCGUACGUCAAACAGUUUCAAACAAGGCUGAUGCCGUGAAUCGCUAUUUCGCAAAUUAAACUACAUUAUUUUCGAAUUCGUGAUCGAUUGGAAAGGGAUGACGUAGACCUUGAAUGAUGAACGAAAGGAUUGGCCAGACCGAUUGAUGAGAAUCGUCGAUUGUAAAACAAUAGUAUAAAUAUUUAUGAACGCUAAGCCACUGACAGCGAUGCUACGCGAGAGACCAGAGCGGACUCCGAAAUAUCGGUGGAUUUAUUUAGCGACAACGGAGGAAGCAUUGAGCUAAUCUAAUUUUAGUCCCACCGCUGCUAAUUUCAUCCUCAUGUUUAUACGUGGAAUCACUGACUCUCGAAGAGUUCAGAGUUAUGCAUCUUACGUGGAGCGACUGUUGUUCGUUCUCAAUUAACUUGGCCAUCGUCAAUCGUCUUUGUGUUAAUUGUUUCGAGAUUUCUAGACAGUUUUACGCGAAUUUAGAUAUAGUAAGUAUAGUCCUGUAAAAAGGGAUUAAGAGAUACAAGUUGCAUAUAUUUUGUAAAAACUGAAGGUACCUG